AUGUCAUCUCUGACAUUUCUUGGCUUAGCAAACAACUCGCUUGUUGGAAGGUUACCCUCCAAUAUUGGCUACACACUCCCGAAUAUUCAGGAUUUAAUCCUCUCAUCAAACAAGUUUGAUGGCCCUAUCCCAGCUUCUCUUCCCAAAGCUUACAACCUUCGUCAGCUUUACCUGUAUACUAACAGCCUAACUGGGUUUAUACCCUUCUUUGGGUCAUUGCCAAAUUUGGAGGAACUUGAUUUGUCAUACAACAAACUAGAAGCAGGAGACUGGGAAUUUGUCUCUUCACUCGCAAAUUGUACCAGGUUGACUAUGCUGAUGUUGGUUGGGAACAAUCUUCAAGGUGAAAUGCCAAGUUCAAUAGGCAAUCUUUCUGAUAGUCUGGAGUGGCUGUGGCUAAGGGAAAACCAAAUUUCUGGGCCUAUACCACCAGAGAUUGGCAAUCUUAAGAGCCUCCGCAGGUUGUACAUGGAUUACAAUCUUAUCACUGGAAAUAUACCAGCAACAAUUGGUAAUUUGCACAGCUUGGUCCAUCUAUCCUUUGCACAAAACAGACUGUCAGGGCAAAUCCCAGAUACUAUUGGUAAUCUGGUUCAGCUAAAUUCUUUGAAAUUGGAUGGGAACAACAUUAGCGGAAGGAUACCUGCAGAUAUAGGACAUUGUAAUCAACUCCAAAUACUCAACCUUGCUCACAACUCACUAGAUGGGAAUAUACCAAGUGAAAUCUUCAAAAUUUCUUCGCUUUCUGAAGAAUUGGACUUGUCACAUAAUUACCUAUCUGGGGGAGUGCCAGUGGAAGUUGGCAAUCUCAUUAAUGUGAACAAAAUUAGCAUAUCAGAUAACAGGUUGUCUGGCAACAUCCCAUCCACUCUUGGCCAGUGUGUGGUUCUGGAGUACUUGGAUAUUUCUCAUAACAAUUUGUUCGGAAAGAUUCCACAGUUCCUCACAUCCUUAAGUUCCCUGCAAAAUCUCAACUUAUCCUUCAACAAUUUUGAUGGAGCAGUUCCAGGAGGCGGUAUUUUUAACAAUACUGGUGCAGUGUCAGUUGAAGGAAAUCAUGAUUUGUGUACCAGCAUUCCAACAGGAGGUAUACCUCUUUGUUCAACACAAGUUGACAGAAAAGGGAAACAAAAUUCAUCGGCUCUAGUCCUACGGAUAGUAAUGCCAGCCGUUUCUGCUGUCCUAUUAAUUUUGUCAUGUAUUGCAACAAUUUACUGGAGGAAGAGGAUGCAGGAAAAUCCAGAUUUGAAAGAAUUCAGUGAGCACAUGAAGAAGAUAUCAUAUGAAGACAUUGUAAGGGCAACAGAUAGGUUUUCUCCAGCAAACCUAAUUGGAUCAGGAUCAUUUGGAGUGGUUUACAAGGGCAGUUUAAGGCUUCAGGAAGAUCAAGUUGCCAUCAAGAUUUUCAGCCUAAACAAUUAUGGAGCAAAUAGGAGCUUUAUUGCAGAGUGUGAAGCCCUGCGAAAUGUCCGUCACCGGAAUCUUGUAAAGAUCAUCACAUCAUGUUCUUCUGUGGAUUCUAAUGGGGCAGAUUUCAAGGCCCUAGUGUUCCAAUACAUGCCGAAAGGGAACCUAGAAAUGUGGCUGCAUCCGGGAGACCUUGAACAUGGUGAGAGACAUAUCCUGACUUUAAGCCGAAGGAUCAAUAUUGGCUUGGAUGUAGCCUUUGCUUUGGAUUAUCUUCAUAACCAGUGUGCAUCUCCACUAAUACACUGUGACCUAAAGCCAAGCAAUAUUCUUUUGGAUCUUGACAUGGUUGCCUAUGUCACCGACUUUGGCCUGGCAAGGUUUGUAUUCACAACAUCAAAUGUACAAGAAGGUGAUUCAACAAGUCUGGCCUGCCUAAAAGGAUCCAUCGGAUACAUCCCUCCAGAAUAUGGCAUGAGCGCAGAGAUAUCAACCAAGGGUGAUGUCUACAGUUUUGGAGUGCUUCUGUUACAGAUGAUAACAGGGCAAAGUCCAACUGACAAAAAUUUCAGUGAUGGUGCAAGUCUUCAUGAAUUUGUUUGUAGAGCAUUUCCAGAUAAUAUUUGUGACGUUAUUGAUCAAACAAUGCUAGAAGAUGACAGCAAUGCACAAGAAGUAAUAAAGAACUGUGUCAUUCCACUUGUUAGAAUAGGCCUCUCUUGCUCCAUGACAUCUCCCAAAGAGCGGCCGGACAUGGGCCAAGUUUCCACCGAGAUCCUUAGAAUCAAGCAUGUGGCCUCACGCAUGUAUGUCAGAUGA